GGUGACCUCAUGUGUGAGUUGAUACUUGUCAGCACAUAGCUUUAGGUACAAAUCUCGGUCAAGAGUUAAUAACCCAAGUUUGCAAAAUACGCUCGGUAAAAAAAUCAAUUUACGAAGCCUAAGCGAAACGACAAAAGGAACGCAGAAGCCUGUAGUGAUCCUAAAAGUUCCACAAACGCUGUUUAUAAUCAUGUUACCUUAAAAUAGUAGAGUGAUGCGUUACCAAGCGGAAAGACAUGGAUUUUGAAGAUAUUGACACAGUUGUGAACGAGUCUGAAGAGAUCAUCCGAGAAUGCUUCAAAGAGUUCCAAAUAGACGAAGUGUUUCUAUCAUUCAACGGUGGAAAGGACUGCACCGUUCUAUUAGACCUCCUAAUAAAUGUCCUAGACAACAUUAAAAAGUCUAAUGGCACAAGGAAAAAUUUAAAAAUUGUUUAUAUACGAACAAAAGGGCCUUUUAGUGAAAUUGAAAGUUUUGCUCAAACAGUUGAGGAUCAUUAUGAUGUUAAAUUAAUUGUUAUGGAAGGGGAGAUGAAGACAACUUUGCAUAGGAUAUUGGAGUCAGAUAGUAAAUUAAAGGCAUGCUUCAUGGGAACUAGGAGAUCUGAUCCGUAUAGUGAAGAUUUGAAGUUUAUGCAAAAAACAGAUCCAAACUGGCCUCAAAUAGUCAGAGUGUCGCCGCUACUAAACUGGAGCUACCAUCAGAUUUGGAGUUAUAUACUAAAGCGGAAAGUGCCUUAUUGCAGCCUUUAUGACAGAGGGUACACAUCAAUAGGUAGUAUACAUAACACGUCUCCAAACCCCGCUUUAGCUUACAAAGACAAACACGGAAGUAUCUCAUACCACCCCGCUUGGAAGCUAAGCGAUCCUUCACUAGAACGCGCGGGACGGGGGUCAAAGACCUCUCUCAACGGACGUAACCAAAACGGACAUACGGACUCAAGUACUUUAGAAAACAAUGUGUGCAGUGAGAAGAAAUCUGAUAUUGUAUAAAUUUAUUAUAUAUAUUUAAUGUUACGUUAAUUGUUCACUUUCGAUUUGUUGCGUGUUAUGCAAUUCAAAUUAAAUUUUUGGCGCAGCGGUAAGCGCUGUGGUUUUAAGCUGGAGGUUCCGGGUUCGAUUCCCGGCAGGAUCUGUUUGGGAAUUUGUAAUUUCUGAAUUUUCUCUGUUCUGGUCCGGCGGGAGGCUUCGGACUUGGCUAGAUUGAUUUAUUUAAGUCAGAUUCAAUGUGUACUAGCAUUAUAAGCCACAUAACGGAUAAUUAGUCUUUUUUUAAACAAUUUUCCAGAUUAUUUUUGCAUUGGCAGGUAUACAUUUAUAUUUAUGGGCUCGAACUUAUUAAAAAUAAUCAUUUUUUUUUUAUACACUGUUAUAAAAUGUGUAGUAUGGUUAAGAUGGCCGGUCACUUAACUCUAUAAAAAUGCUUUCAGAAAACGAUGUACUUAUUUCUUUUUAAUUUUAAAAAUUCCAAUUUUACCUGGCAGACCGACUUGCUCAGCUAUAGAAAGCGAAAAAAAGUUAACUUCUGUUUGAUGUUUUGCUUUGCGAAAUUGAACCUUAAACGUGAUGUAGUUCUAUUACAAUUAAGGUGCACUUUAGAUGACUACGAUAUACAUUCAGUAUAAUGUAUAGCAAUAGAGUGUUUUUUAAUUAUAGUAUGGCAUCGUAUGUAACCCUGUACAGAACCAUCUUGUGAUGUAUCAGAAACAUUUGAUAUUAGCGUAGAUUAAUGGGGUAUGCUACCAUCCAUUGAAAUUUGGCCCUGGUAACAAUUAUUAAAAAAAUAUAGGUGUGAUAGUGUGCUAUUUAUAUGUGGAAAUGAAUACAGAAACUGUAACAGUACUUUUCAUCUGCAUCAUUGAAAACAAAUACAGGACAUGAAGUCGAUUCGAUAUUUGACAUUGACAGCCGGCCAUAACUGUCACUUGUCACAAUAUAAACAAACAAAAAAGACAUCCUGUAAAAUUAUUUUCAUUUAUCGCUAUCACUUUUUUUUUUUGCACUUAUAAAGCAAUUUUUAUGGAUGGUUAAUUAUUUUUCGGACCAAAAAUGGGCGCCCUAUCCCAUACGGCGCUAAUCCCCUAUACGGUAUAUCGCACAAGAUGAUAUUUAAUUCAUCAUAGAUAAUUAAAUUUCAAAAUAUUUUAUAAAUUCAUAUAUUACAGGGCUUGAAACUACUUAAUUAGUUAUUAUUAUAUACGUAAGUAAGAAAGCUUACACCCUUACCUCACUAUUAGAACUAUUUAUUGUUUCGUUUAUUUUAAAAUUUCUAGAACAUGAACAUAUUUUUUCUCCACUACUUUGUUA